AUGGCUGAUAAAAAUUAAAAAUAAGUAGAUAUAGAUGUAGAUAAUAUUAUAGAAAAACUCCUGUUUUGCAAAGAUUAUAAGCCAGGCAAAUUAGCAAAUUUAACUGAAUAAGAAAUAAGAGGUUUAUGUAUAAAAUCAAGAGAAAUAUUUAUUUCUCAACCAAUUCUUUUAGAAUUAGAAGCUCCAUUGAAAAUAUGUGGCGAUGUACAUGGACAAUUUUAUGAUCUUUUAAGACUAUUUUAAUAUGGAUUAAAUCCGCCAGAAACUAAUUAUUUAUUUUUAGGAGAUUAUGUUGAUAGAGGAAAAUAAUCAUUAGAAACGAUAGCUUUAUUAUUGGCAUAUAAAAUAAAAUAUCCCGAAAAUUUUUUUUUAUUAAGAGGAAAUCAUGAAUGUGCAUCAAUAAAUAGAAUAUAUGGGUUUUACGAUGAAUGCAAAAGAAGAUUUAACAUAAAGCUUUGGAAAAUAUUUACUGAUUGCUUUAAUUGCCUACCUGUUGCAGCUAUAAUAGACGAAAAAAUAUUUUGUAUGCACGGUGGUUUAUCCCCAGAAUUAACAAAUUUAGAAUAAAUAAGAAGAAUUACAAGACCAAUAGAUGUUCCAGAUACAGGAUUACUAUGUGAUUUAUUAUGGAGUGAUCCUGAUAAAGAUGUUUAAGGCUGGGCAGAAAACGAAAGAGGAGUUUCUUAUGUAUUUAGUCCUGAAAUAGUAUCUGUAUUUUUAAAAAAGCAUGAAUUAGAUUUGAUAUGUAGAGCUCAUUAAUUUUUUCCAAAAAAGCAUUUAAAUAAAGGUCGUUGA